GCCUGCGCCCGCCUGCGCCCGCCUGCCUGCGCCCCCUUCCAUCACUGAUUCUGGAGGGAGCAGGGCUCUUCUUCUUUUUUGCCUCCGACUGACCCCGUUGGACACGUCUUCAGAAACAUGCAGUUAGAGAACAUCCUCCCCAGCGCGCUCCCCAAGACGUUUUACAACCUCUCCUCGACGGACAGCGCAAAUAACAGCCCGAGGCCGCCGUCGCAGCUCGAGUACCAAGAAGUGGACCGGGCGGAACCGGAGUCAAACACUGCUCCUAAGAAAUACCUGGCGACCGUGGGGAACGGGAUGAUGGCUGACCCAGAAGGAGACACGUUCGCUAAAACCGGGCCCGAUGGGAGGAAAGGCUCCCCGGUGCUCGGUGAGGACGAGCUGAGCAGCGGCCGGCGAUACAACUUAGAUGAACUCGCUUCUGAUCGCUAUUUCAUCUCGUCUUCUCAGGCGACUUCCGACAUGGCAAGUCCGUGCUCCCUCUUCCCUUACGCAGGGCAAACAGGCUCCGUGUACACGGGCACCACCGGGUCCAGGUACCCGGCCUCCCUUCACUACGGGUCGGUCCUGCCGCCCGCAGGCUUCUCCUCUCCGUCCGUUUGUAGCGGCCGGAGUCAGUUCGGCAGCGGGGGCUACCAAUUCAGUCAGGGUCCCGGUUGUUUGUACCCGUCUUACCCCGGCACGGGCAUCGGCUCCAUGUCUCUGCCCGGCUCCGGCGCCGGCCCGAGGGCGCAGGUCUAUCUCUGCAACCGGCCUCUCUGGCUCAAGUUCCACCGGCACCAGACCGAAAUGAUCAUCACCAAGCAGGGCAGACGGAUGUUCCCGUUCCUGAGCUUCAACAUCACCGGAUUGAACCUCACGGCCCACUACAAUGUCUUUGUAGAAGUUGUUCUGGCCGACCCGAAUCAUUGGCGCUUUCAAGGGGGGAAGUGGGUCACUUGCGGCAAAGCGGACAAUAAUAUGCAAGGUAACAAAAUGUAUGUUCAUCCUGAAUCCCCAAACACUGGCGCUCACUGGAUGAGGCAAGAAAUCUCUUUUGGCAAAUUGAAGCUGACAAACAACAAAGGAGCCAACAAUAACAACACUCAGAUGAUAGUCUUGCAAUCCCUUCACAAAUACCAACCGCGGCUGCACAUUGUCGAGGUGACCGAGGACGGCGUGGAAGACAUGAGCAACGAGGCCCGAACUCAAACCUUCACCUUCCCAGAGAACCAGUUUAUAGCCGUGACCGCCUACCAGAACACAGAUAUCACCCAGCUGAAGAUUGACCACAACCCAUUUGCAAAAGGGUUCCGGGACAAUUAUGACUCAAUGUACACAGCUCCAGAGAGUGACAGGCUGACUCCAUCUCCAACAGACUCUCCCCGCUCCACCCAAAUUGUGCCGGGCGCUCGCUAUGCCAUGCAACCUUUCUUUCAAGAGCAAUUUGUCAAUAACUUGCCGCAGAACCGCUUCUACGGCGGCGAACGGGCCGUGCCCCAAACCAACAGCCUCCUGUCCCCGCAGAGCGAGGACGCGGCGGCGGCGGCCGCCGCUGCCGCCGCCGCCGCCGCUUCGGCCCAACGCUGGUUCGUCCCUCCGGUCCAGCAGCCGGGCUCCAACAAGCUGGACCUGUCCUACGACAACGAUUAUUCCACCAGUAGCCUGCUGUCCUACGGCAUCAAACCUCUGUCCCUUCAGACGUCCCACGCCCUUAGCUACUACCCGGAUUCGGCUUUCGCCUCCAUGGCGGCGGGCUGGGGCGGCAGAAGCUCCUACCAGCGCAAGAUGACCACGGGGCUGCCCUGGUCCCCUCGUCCCAGUCCGCCGGCCUUUGCCGAGGAGCAGCUCGGGGCGGCUAAAGACAAGCUGGCGGAGGAAACGCCGGCGUCGGCCACCGCCUGGAUGGAGACGUCGCACUCGUUGAAAUCGGUGGAUUCUAGCGAUUACUCGGCGGUGUGCAAGAGGCGCAGGAUGUCCCCCACCGGGGGCUCCAGCACCGAGAACUCUCCCACCAUCAAGUGUGAAGACUUGAGCGCUGAGGAUUACAAUAAGGACAACCCAAAAGGCAUGGGUUAUUAUGCAUUCUACACAAGCCCCUAAGACUAACUCAAUAUAGUAACCGAGUGCUCUCCAUUCCUUGUUAAUGUCUUUUUGUUUUUUUCUCUUUUCUCUAAAGGUGCCAAAGCUUAGUGUUGCUCCCCCCCCCCCCCCCCCCAAGCAAGCUGCACAAGGUUAUUUUCCCAGGCCAUACCUGAGCAGAAAACAUGCAUAGUGAUUGUUGCUUUUGAACAAGCGUGUCCAUUUCUAAAAUCCAAUUAUCCCCAAAAUGCAAUUUGUUCUUUCCUUGUGUAUUUAAGUCGAUUCCAUUGUACAGUAUUUGUGCACUUUAGAAUGUGAUGUACCUUGUAAAAAAAUGUCUUCAUGGAGGUGUUAAAUGGAAUUAAAUAAAGUUGCUUUUCAUGAAGCAUCAUCCAAAUGUC